AGCACGUCACGCCCAUGAAGAAAGUUGAGCCCCUGGCCGUGCCCUGCAAGAAGGUGGUGCUCCCUUCCGCUGCCAUCAAAGAAGAAUCCCCGGGCGGUGCAGCUGCCGCUUCCUCCGAGGAAGACGAUGACAUCGACCUGUUUGGCAGCGACGAGGAAGAGGAGGACCUAGAAGCUGCCCGCCUUCGGGAAGAGCGGCUAAAGCAGUACGCCGAGAAGAAGUCGAAGAAGCCGGGCCUGAUUGCCAAGUCCUCCAUCCUUCUGGAUGUCAAGCCGGUGCAGAGUGUUGACAUAGCUGCUUUCAACAAGAUCUAACGGCAAACCUUUUACCCUUUCUAAAGCUAAUAAAUGGUUAAGAGUUGGA